CUCAUGCAAUCUAGCGUGACUGUCAGGAUAUCUUUCGGUAGACACUACAGUGAGCAGGUAUCUAACCAGCAAAUCAGUGCAUUUCGGCUAUGCAUUAGUUUCCUUGAGAUGCUAGAAACGAUUACGGGAUUAUCUCCUCCUCAUCUUGAAGUCGCCGACAUUGGCACCCGCAAUAUGGGCAAAAAGUGGGUGCAUAGCACGCAAUAUGUAGCAAGCCCAACUAGUACGAGAGGCUGAGGCCAUAUGAGGGCUGUAUUCUGCCCUUCUGAUUUGCGUGUACUUUUUUUUCUGCAGCUCAGUCAACGAUGGCUUCCACGAACGGCACCAAUGGUAGUACUACUCAUGGCAAUGCGAAGCAAGUCCCCUUCCGCGACCCAGCAGUCUACUCGGAGUAUGAAAAGAAAUGGAGCGAUAUACCAAAUGACGAGGUAGCCUGGCUUAAGCGUGCCCAAGAUGUUGCAGACGUUCUUGCCAUCGACGCUGCUGUGAGGGACCAAGAGAACAAAUCCCCCAGAGCUGAAAUCGCACUACUGAAGCACGCUGGCUUACUGAAGAUCCUCGGUCCAAAGAAGUACGGCGGUGGGGAGCAACCUUGGAGUGUAGGCUAUAAGGUUAUUCGCAAAGUCGCUGAAGCAGACGGCUCCAUUGGCAUGCUCUUAGGCUACCAUCUGCUUUGGAGCACCACCGCAAAUGUUGUCGGAACCGAAGAGCAAGCCGACCGGUACCAAAAGCUGAUCAUCGAGAACAACUACUUUAUCGGCGGCGCAGUGAACCCGCGAGACAAUGAUCUCAAGAUCACUGCGGAGGGGGACAAACUUGUUUUUACAGGCUUCAAGCACUUCAAUACAGGGGGUGUUAUCUCCGACCUGACGGUGUUGGAAGGCGACUUCAACACCACCGGCGACCACAUCUUCGCAUUUGUUCUCACCGACCAGCCCGGCAUCCAAUUCUCCCACGACUGGAACAACAUCGGGCUACGACUCACCGAGUCCGGCAGCGUCAAGAUCAAUAACGUGACAGUGCCAUGGGAAGACGCGUUGGGCUGGGACGCAGCACUGAAGAAACCCGACCCCGCCGCACUUCAGAUCCCAUUUGCAUCUCUGCUGCUCCCCACCAUCCAACUCGUCUUCAGCAACUUCUACCUCGGCAUCGCGCUGGGCGCACAGCACGCUGCGUCCGCGUACACCGUCAAGGGCACCCGCGCGUGGCCCUACGGUGGAGAUAAUAAGGAGCGGGCAACCGACGAGUUCUACAUCCUCGAGCGCUACGGCAACUUCCACGCACAUCUGCGCGCCGCCGUCGCGCUUGCAGACAGUGCCGGCGAGCAGGCGAGCCGCAUCUACGCCGCUUACUCGGGGCCCUUAGCGACGCGGGCGCAGCUCACAGCGCGCGAGCGGGGUGAGCUGGCCGAGUGGGUUGCGAGUACCAAGGUGGUGACUACGGAUACGGGGCUGCGGGUGACGGCGGGGGUGUUCGAGGUGACAGGGGCGAAGGCGACGAGUUUGAAGGUCGGGCUUGAUCGGUUCUGGAGGGAUAUUAGGACGCAUACUCUGCAUGAUCCUGUGGCGUAUAAGAAUCGGGAGCUGGGGAGGUUUCAGCUGUUGGAUGAGAUUCCGGAGGUGACGUGGUAUACCUGAUCAGGAAGUUGAGAUGCAUUUUGUUGGUAUGAAUGCCAGAGAUUAACCAAUCAGUUGUCGUGGUCUUGCUCUAGAUUCAAUGUGAAUUGUUUAGCAGUGAGCAGUAUGGUUGUAUCCGUGUCGGAAG